GUGGACUCUCAGUAAGGAUUAGGUUAGUCUCGAGAACGUGUUCUACGGUGCUAAUUGUAUGAUGUAGUUUGGUGGAGCAAAAGAGAGGCGGCAAAGAAUAGAAAUUUUUAUAGCAGCGCCACUUUACCGUAAAGAAUAGUAACGCGCGAAAUCUUGAUAUAUGAAUCAAGAAUUUGUGAUAAAAAAGGAAUAAUUUAUAAUCGGUAUUAAUUAUAAUUAAUCAAUUACAAUAGUUUAUCGCAUCCUUUUCUAUACUUCUGCGACGAAUGCCUCUCUCGAGAUAAAAGAAAUUUGUUGCGAAUAUUCUACACUGCAAGAGGAUGAUAAUUAUUAAAUCAUGUCGAGGAUUCUAUAACUAUCACUACUACUACUACAUAACAGAUCGUUAAUAUCUUCCUGAAUCCUUGUGUAAAAGCCGAAGAUUUCAUUUUGGAUUGAUCAUAAUUGGAAGAUUAAACAAGAAGAUUUUGUGUGCUGUGAUGUAUAUCGAGUCGUAUUGUUUAAACUUGCAUUCAGUGAUAAUUUUGCUCUCAAUCGUUAAGUACUCGAUCAUUAAAAAGAUAUUUAAGUGGAUUUCAAGAUAAGUGUCACUUUAAGUUAACGUGAUUAAGAAGAUAACUGUGCUUGAUCGAUUAGUGAUAUAUUUUAAUAGGGUUGUUUUUUAACGUUUACAUAGUAAUUUAAAUAUAUUAUCAUAUUUCUUCUAUAAGAAAAAAGAAAAUUUUAUUAAUCUACACAAAAGAAAAGGAAAACCAUGGAUUCGAGUAAAUCAAAGAUUAAGCCUAAUCCAAGGGAGAAGGCAAAUUUCAUUUCCGUACUAUUUUGGUGGUGGUCGUUGAAUUUAUUUAAAAUUGGGUACAAAAAAGUAUUAGAAACAGAUGAUUUAUAUGAUCCCUUGAAAGAAGAUAGUUCUACAGCCCUUGGAGAUAGAUUAGAAAAACGAUGGAAGAUCGAAUUGGAAAAUGCGAAGAAACGAAAACGUAGUCCGUACUUUUUGAGAGCGAUAUUUCGUACUUUUUUAAUGGAAUAUUUCCUUUUAGGAUUAUUACAGAUACUUAAUGAAUUUGUGAUAAGAUUAGGAACACCAUUACUAUUGGGUGGUCUUCUAAGAUAUUUUAGAAAAGGUAGUGGAGAAACAUACCAAACUGCACUUUUAUAUGCAUCCGGUAUUUGUAUAGCAACAGCGAUUAGCGUAAUUACAAUUAAUCAAACCAUAUUUAAAGCAUUUCACAUUGGUGCCAAAGUAAGAAUUGCAGCUUGUUCCGUAGUCUACAGAAAAGCAUUAAGAUUAAGUCAAACAGCAUUGGGAGAUACUGCUCCAGGAAAAGUAGUCAAUUUAGUGGCUAAUGAUGUUAAUAGAUUCGAUCUUGUUUCCAUUUUUAUACACCAUAUGUGGUCCGCACCACUUACUGCUUUAAUCAUUGCCUAUUUUCUUUAUACUGAAGCUGGAUAUUCUGGUCUCUUUGGCAUCGCUGCAGUUUUUGUAGUCGUACCAAUUCAGUCCUAUACCGGCAAAUUGUCUUCUAAAUUCAGACUACAGACAGCUAUAAAAACCGAUGAACGAGUACGUCUGAUGGACGAGAUUAUUUCUGGCGUGCAAGUAAUAAAAAUGUACGCUUGGGAGAAACCCUUCUGUGCGUUAGUCGAAUUGGCUAGAAAAUUGGAGUUGCAAGUAGUCAGUAAGAGCUCUUCUAUUCGUGGAAUCUAUAUGACUUUUAAUUUAUUUACCACGAGAAUGGCACUUUACUGUACUCUCGUAUCAAUGAUUUUGCUUCAUAAUGAAUUGACUGCCGAAAAAGUAUUCGUUUUUUCAUCGUACUUCAAUAUUCUUGCUCAAACAAUGUCGGGAAUGUUUGUACGUGGUUUUGCCGAAAUUGCGGAAUGUCUUGUGGUAGUAAGAAGACUUCAAAACUUCUUGAUGUUCGACGAAUUUCGUAGUAAUAAUAUUACUAUUAGUAAUAAAUUAUCGAGAAGUCCUAAUGGUAGUAUUACCUCUAUAUCGAGACAAACUUCGAUCAGAGCAUCUAGACAAGAUUUGCCUUAUAUGGAUGAUGAUGUCAAUGAUGAAAAUUAUAUUGAUGAUAACGGAACAAAUUUGCAAAAUGGAUUAGUCAUCGUCGCCACCGAUUUGUUGAAAAACACGGCGCAUCUUGUUAACGAUAAACGUGUUUCCACAGCCGAUGAUUUAUAUGCAAUUACGAUGACUAACGUAGUGGCAAAUUGGGAUUCUAAUCAUACAGAUACAAUAUUAGAAGGUAUACAAUUAUCAUUAGAGAAAGGGAAAUUAUAUGCAGUUAUUGGGAUGGUAGGAUCAGGUAAAAGUUCACUACUUUCGACAAUACUCGGUGAGAUGAAUAUCAUAAAUGGCGUUGUGAAAUGUUACGGUAAUGUGAGUUAUGCUUGUCAAGAGGCAUGGGUAUUUGGUUCUACCGUUAGACAAAAUAUUCUAUUUGGACAACCAUACGAUCGUCAACGUUAUCAGCGUAUAAUCAAAGCUUGUGCCCUUCUUAGAGAUUUCAAACAAUUCCCACAGGGUGAUUUAACGAUCGUUGGUGAUAGAGGAAGCUCUUUAUCUGGCGGUCAAAAAGCUAGAAUUAACUUGGCAAGAGCAAUGUACAAGCAAGCGGAUAUUUACCUUUUAGAUGAUCCUUUGAGCGCGGUCGACGCCCAUAUAAGUAAACAUCUUUUUGAAGAAUGCCUUCAACGAUACUUGGCAAAUAAAACUCGAAUAUUGGCAACACAUCAAUUGCAAUACAUAAAAGAAGUCGAUGCUAUAAUACUUAUGGAACGGGGAAAAUUCAAAAUGUAUCAAAAAUAUCACGAUCUUCUGAUCGAUUAUCCUGAAUAUAGUAGUUUAUUGGCAACGGAUAACGAGAUGGGCGAAGAUACUUCUUUAGAUACGAAUUCGAUAAGAAGACAAUUUUCCUCGUUGAGUAAUAGGAGCCAUACGCCAGAAGCUAGUAGCGCUUGUACAGACGACGAAGAAGAAAACGAGAAUGUUGAAACACUUAAUAAUGGUUUAGAAGGGACAUCACGAGGCGUAAUUAAAGGAUCCAUUUUUAUUCGUUAUUUUCAAGAUGGUGCCAAUCUCUUUCUUGCCUUGACAGUCUUGUUUUUAAUUAUUCUCACACAAUGCGUCGCAAGUCUUAAUGAUUAUUUUAUCCCAAUCUUGGUUACUGCCGAAGAGACAUUACAUUAUCGAAAUGAAAAACUUAAUUUCACUGAGGAAAAUGCAGAACCAAGACGAAUAAACGAUACUUAUAUUUAUAUUUAUACUGGAAUCGUUCUUGGAAUAUUCGUUAUUGGGAUAACGAGAUCUUUAAUUUUUUAUAAAAUGUGUAUGCUAUGCAGUCAACGUUUAUACGACAUGACUUUUAGCGCAUUGAUUAGAACUAACAUGAGAUUUUUUGAUACUAAUCCUAGCGGAAGAAUUCUUAAUAGAUUUUCCAAAGAUAUUGGAGCUAUUGAUGAGUUAUUGCCUAAAGCUUUGUUAGAUGCUGGUCAAAUAUGUAUGCUAAUGUUUGGAUCAUUGGCAGUAUCAUGCAUAGUGAAUCCUUUGUUUUUAAUACCUGUAAUAUUUUUGGGAACGAUAUUUUAUUGGAUUCGUAAAGUUUAUCUUAAAACUAGUAAGAAUAUUAAACGUUUAGAGGGCAUAACACGAUCGCCAGUGUUCACACAUUUAAAUGCCACGUUAAAUGGUCUUUCAACGAUAAGAGCAUACGGCGCACAAGAAAUAUUAAAAAAGGAGUUCGAUAAAUUUCAAGAUACGCACACGUCUACAGUGUACAUGUAUAUUGUAACUAGUACAGCAUUUGGAUUUUCUUUGGAUAUAUUUUGUUUCAUAUUUACAUCACUUGUCACUUUCAGCUUUCUUUUACUGAAUACAAAUUUUUCUGGCGGAGAAGUAGGCUUGGCAAUUACGCAAGUUAUGGCUAUGACUGGUAUGAUACAAUGGGGAAUGCGACAAAGUGCCGAAGUAGCUAAUCAAAUGAUGUCCGUUGAACGUGUCCUUGAAUACACGCAACUUCCACCAGAAACUAAUUUACGUAAUAAAGGAAAAUUUUAUAAGAAAAUUGACAAACAAAUUACCAACGAAUUACCGCAAAGUGCACCUAAGAAUUGGCCUAGCCAAGGUUGUAUUAGAUUUAGAAAUGUAUACAUGAAGUAUACAGAUGAAGAUCCACCGAUUUUAAAAAAUUUAAAUUUUUUGGUUCUUCCACGUGAGAAGGUUGGUAUUGUGGGAAGAACAGGUGCAGGAAAAUCGUCAUUAAUAUCAGCAUUAUUCAGAUUAGCAAAGGUUGAAGGAGUUAUUGAAAUUGAUAAUAUUGAUACAGGAUCUAUAUUUUUAGAAGAUUUACGAUGUAAUAUAUCAAUCAUUCCUCAAGAUCCAGUUUUAUUCUCAGGAACAUUAAGACGUAAUCUAGAUCCAUUUGAUGAAUUCUCGGAUAAUAUAGUUUGGGAAGCUUUGGAAGAAGUCGAAUUAAAAGAAGCAAUAAUAGGAAAUGGAAAUGGUUUAGAAUUACGAGUACUUGAUAGAGGUAGUAAUUUCAGUGUUGGUCAAAGACAACUGAUAUGUUUGUCAAGAGCAAUUUUACGAAACAAUCGUAUAUUAAUGCUCGAUGAGGCAACAGCCAAUGUAGAUCCACAAACAGAUGCUUUAAUACAACAUACAAUAAGAAAGAAGUUUGCUUAUUGUACAGUAUUGACUGUUGCACAUCGAUUAAAUACUAUAAUGGAUAGUGAUAAAGUAUUGGUUAUGGACAAGGGUCGUAUGGCGGAAUAUGAUCAUCCACAUAUACUAUUACAAAAUAAAUAUAGCCAAUUUACUUCAUUAGUAAAAGAAACUGGUAGAGCUAUGUCCGAUCAACUUAUUAAAAUGGCCAAACAAUCAUAUAUAAACAAAUAUGGAGAACAAACCUUAUGAUAUUUUUUCUACAUAUUUUUCUAACGUUACUUAACAAUCUUAGAGUUAAAUCAUAUUAUUAAUAUCGGACUUUUAAAGCCUGAUUGUUCCUUAGUUCAUAAAAAUUCUAUACCAAGAAACUAUAGUUAUAUAUGUAGAGAAUAAGUAUACACAUACAGAUAUUUCUAUUUUAAUAAGUAUUAUGCCAAAAGAUUCCUUUAAUUACAAAAAAAAAAAAUAUAUAUUUCAUAUUAUAUUCGUGAAUAGCUUUUUAUUGCAUGUAUGUAUAUACAUAUAUAAAUAUUUACAUGUAUAGUACAUGCAUAAAUAGUUUUCUUUUUUCUUCUCUUCAAAUCUAAUCUAUAUUUAUCAGAUUUUACUACUUUAAUCUCUUGACAAGUACAAAUACUUGCAUAUACUAUAAAAGUACUUAUAUUUUUCUACUUUACAUUUUAUCUAAAAAAUAUUUCCAAAGCCCAUAGAUCCUAGCUCCGAAUGUGAUAAUUUAAAAAAUACAGAGAUCCUAGAUUAUUCUCAAAUACAGUUAUAAGGUGCUAUAAAGUAUUCCUAGCCAGAAAAACAUAUUAAGAAAGUAUAUUAAUAAGUAUAAUAAAAAAAUUUUGUACUACCAAAUAAAACUAUUGAAUAUGUAUAAUGGUAUAAUCGACUGAUUAAAAAUAUAUAUAUAGGCAUAUAUAGUUUUUAAACGAGAAUUAUGUUAUCUUAUAUACGCAUAGUGCACGUAUUAUACGAUUCAUAAAUAAAUGUAAUAAGAAAAAAAAAAGAAAUAAAAUAAAAAAAAUAGACUUU